AUGAAACUUGCCAUAGUACUCCUUCUCGCCUCUCUUGUGGUUUGCUUCAAGCGGCCAGGGAGGCCGAAUAUUUUCAUGAUUCCGCACGGUGAGAAGAUGACCAACGGCUCCGACCGCUUAAGCGAGGCCGGCCUUGCACGUGCUGAGUGCCUUCGUGAAAUCUUUGGGCCCGGCUCUGUCUAUAACAUUGGCUUAAUUUUAGUCCCGAAAUACCAUUUUACGCUAGCUGGUAUCGUCGACAGAUUGGGAUACGACACUAUGACUCCUCUUGCCGAGGACUUGAAAAUCAACAUUCGUGCAGGUUGCGCCCGGAUGACCUACGGCUGCGUAUUAGAAGCGAUUGACUACUGGGUUGGUACUGGUAAAAAUGCUCUCGUCUGCUGGGAACCCAAGCUGCUCGGCGGACUGUCUCGGCUGCUUGGCUUGAGACGUCUUGAGAGAUACCCGUCUGGAAGGCAUGACAUAAUAUGGGAACUCACCCCAUGCCGUUACUACAUGAAAAGAAGGACUCUUCAGAAAUGCCCAGGCUUAGAUGUUCCUUGG